AUGGGCGUGAAGGGCUUGAUGCAGUUGAUAGCCGAUGCGUGUCCUCAGGCAUUGAAGGAGACCGGGGCGGAUAGCUACUUCGGCCGCAAGGUGGCACUUGACGCCUCCCUCGCCCUGUACUCCUUUCUAAUUGCCCUCAGCCCCCUCAGCGGCAGCUUUUUGACCAACCCCUCCGGCGACGACACCUCAUAUCUGAUGGGCCUGUGGUCGCGUACGCUGCGGUUGGUGGCCUGCGGUAUCAAGCCCGCGUUCGUGUUCGACUCCGUUCGGGCUCUUGGGGCGGCAGCGCAGCCGCAAUCGGCGGCCCACAGCCCUCCGGGCGCCAGGCGAGUAGUGCGCGUGACGCCGACGCACAUCGAGGAGUGCAAGAAGCUGCUGGGCCUGAUGGGCAUGCCCGUUGUCCAGGCGCCCGCCGGCGGCGAGGCCGAGGCCCAGUGCGCCGAGCUGUGCCGCGCGGGCAAGGUCUUCGCCGUGGGCUCGGAGGACAUGGACGCGCUGACCUUUGGGGCGCCGGUCCUCCUGCGCCACCUCACCUUUUCCGAGGCGCGCAAGCUGCCCAUCGUCGAGAUCGAGCUCCCCAAGGUGCUGGAGGGCCUGGGCUUGACGAUGGAGCAGUUCAUCGAUCUGUGUAUCCUCGCCGGCUGCGACUACUGCGACACGAUUCGAGGGGUCGGACCUAAGAGGGCUCUGGCGUUGAUCAAACAGCACGGCUCGGUCGAGCAGGUCAUCAAGAACCUGGACAAGGCCAAGAAUCCGCUACCCGACCAGUUCCCCUUCGAAGCCACCCGCGAACUCUUCAAGCACCCCAACGUCAUUCCGGGAGACGAGGUCGAGCUCCAGUGGGGCAGCCCUGACGAGGAGGGCCUGCUGGAGUACCUGGUGGCCGAAAAGGGAUUCAACGAGGAGCGUGUGCGCAAGGGCAUCGCAACCCUGAAGGCCGGCCGCAAGCCCCAACCAGUGCAGGGCCGCAUCGACAGCUUCUUCACCAGCGCGGGAAAGUCUUCUUCAUCCACGCUCAAGAAGGAGGCCUAG